AUGUCUCUAAUUCAAGUGGAAAUAUUAAAAUAUGAGGAACAAGAUCAGUUCAAUGAAGAAAAUGGAUUUAUUGAUUAUAUUCCCGAAGAAGCGAUCUGCGAAGAAUAUGAAUAUAUUGAAGUAGAAGAUCCUGAAAAUGGGAAAAUUGAGUAUAUAUCAAAUAUUCUGAAUCCGAAAAUCAUCGGAAGUAAAUCAGAUAAUGAAACGAAAGACAAAACCAUCUUCUUAAAACUUAACACUGAUCUAUACUUUCAAAAUAAACGCGAGAAGAAAUUCAGUUGCUCAAGCAGGAAAUGCAAGAAAGACAACAUUAGUUUCGAUACACAAGAAGAACUUGAUCAACAUAAUGUUUUUCAUCUUGAGCAGAUUGUUGCAAAUGAAUGUCCCAUUUGUAACAAAAUUCUUGCAAAUCAGAUGAAAUUGAAUAUUCAUAUGGAAACACGACAUGUUCCGAAGACUUUUUUCUGUGACAAUUGCGGGAAGACAUUCCGCAGUAAAGACAAUUUAAGGCUGCAUAUGAGUCAUCAUCGCAAACACUUCAUAGUUGAAUGUAAAGCAUGUCAUAAGAGUUACAAGAGCAUGCAGUCAUUGAGAUAUCAUCUGCGACAACACUUUGAACAUCAUCAAUGCGAAUCAUGUGGAAAGGUAUUUGAACACAAAAAACUCCUCCUCGGACAUAUUGCUUCAAAGCAUAAUCAGGAAUUAAUGCUACAAUGUCGUUUCUGUUCACGAAUGUUCUCACGAAAUGAUGUUCGUGAAGCUCAUGAACGUGACAUCCACAAAAAUGGUCAAAUUGGCUCACACUUUAAGUGCAAUGAAUGCGAAUGUGCGUUCGAUUUCCGUGAUGAGUUGAUGAGCCAUAAGAUUCUUAAUCAUUAUUCGGGAAUCAUUCACACUUGUGAAGAGUGUGGCAAGAAUUUUAAAAAGAAUAGUUUGCUUGAAUUGCACAUGCAGAGUCACAAAGAGAAGUCGAUUCAAUGUGAUGUUUGUGAAAUGAUGUUCACCUUCGUCACUGGUCUUGCUAAACAUAAGAAACUUGGACGAUGCAAAGGACCAGCAAAAGCAGUUAACACACUGUCGAAAGAAGAAAUUGCAAUCAUUGCAAGAAAUCAAUUAGAGGAAAUUACAGUAAAUCAUAAUCGAAAAGUGCCUGAAGUUGAUUUAUUCAGUGACAUGACCAAAGAGGAACCUGAAAAGCCGAAAGAUCCUCCAAAGAAUAAAAAGAAACCUGGAAGAAAACGAAAGAUUGUCAGCAUUCAAGGCAAGAAUAUUGAAAUCGAAUCUUAUAGGUUUGUAGAUGGUCAUCAGAUUGAAAAAAUGGAAACGAAGAAACCAAUUGUCAAAGUUGAAUUGCAGAAAAACAUCGGAGCUGUUCAUAUUAAAAGUGAAAAUUCAGCUGAAACGAUUACAAGUUCAAGUGGUCGAAUAAUAAAACGAAAGCUUCCACUUCUCUUCACUUACUCGCCUUUCAAACCGAUCAAUCUCACGAAGAAACCAAAUAUUCCAUAUGAAUGUGACAAAUGUGGGAUGACACUCGACACGAAAAGUCGUCUUUUGUCUCAUCUUAAUAGUCACGUUCGUGGACAGAAAUAUAAGUGCGAGAAAUGUGAGAAAUCUUUUUGUAACAUGAUGAGUAUGAAGAAACAUUGCGCGGCAAUUCAUCGAGAAGCAAAUCCAUUUAAAGAGAAACGAUUUAAAUGUGAUAAAUGUCCAAAGCGAUAUUUGACAGAAUUUCUUUUGGGACAACACAAAUUGUCGCAUUUGAAUCUGAAGAAUCAAAAAUGCAAUCAAUGUUCGUUUGCUACAAACACGAUUUAUGAUCUUAAAAAUCAUAUCAAAAGAAUUCAUCAGUCGGUUAAAAGUUUUCCAUGCACAGAACUAAAUUGCGGGAAAAGCUUCAAGCGACGAUGUGACAUGGAAAAUCAUAAAAAAUCUGUUCAUACGACGAUUAAAGUUUAUGUCAAAUGUCCAGUUUGUGACGUUAUCAUACUUGAAAAAGGAUUACAAAGUCAUAUGAGUAAUCGGCAUUCAGAGAAGGGACAAAAUCGACCAUUCGAAUGCAGUAUUUGUGGUAAAACGGAACGUUAUGAAAGCAAUUUAAUUCGUCAUGUCGAAGCUGUUCACAUGCCAACAGACAGAGGAGUGACAUAUCAUUGCCCGCAGUGUCCCCAAACAUUCUUUCGAAGACGUGAACUUACAUCUCAUUCAUUUGAACAUUACACGGGAGUUGUUCAUGUUUGUGAAGAGUGUGGAAAUCGAUACAAAUCGAAGAAAGAGUUAACAAAUCAUCUUUAUUCUCAUCGAUGUAAGGAAUGGCCGUGCACGAUUUGCAAUACUGUUUUUCAAACGAAAUCUGGGCGAGCAAAACACAUUAAGAAACACGUUAAUGACUCUUAUGACAUUCGAGAUCCAUCAGACAGCAACUACAUCAUUGAACAAGAAGAAGUUUUCAUUGAUUAACUUUUUUUUUCUUCAUUUUAUUUCUUUUUUUCUGUUUUUGUUCGUUAUCACAUUUUUACAAAAUUAAAUUUGAAAUCAUUAGAAAAUUUAUUUUGUUUGCUUUUUCUUGCGGUAUGAAAAGAGUUUACAGAUUUACAAAAAGGUUUUCUUUAUACUUAUGAUUAUAGAACAAUUAAGUUUAAAUUUCUAUGUUAUGAUUUUGUUUGAUGAAUAUUUUUUGACUUUCACUUUUGUAAGGCGAAGAAUCAAUAAGUUUGCGAAACGAUAUGAAGAGGAACGUCAAAUAUGAAGAGGAAAAUUAAAUUUUGUAAUUUCAUUUGAGCCUUGAUUUCAAAAGAAUAAAUUUUCCUGCUGACGAGAGAAAUACAAAAAAUAAUUUAAUAAACUAAAAUUAUUUUAUUCUCUCAUCAUUUUAAAGGUUUUGUACCACUUUGUUGAACUUAAUCUUGAUUAGUUGAAUUAAAAUAAAAGGAAAUAAUAAUCUAAGUUAAUUAAAUUGUUUUGAUCCAUUUAUUAUGCGUUUUUAUUUUGUACUUGUCUGACAGACGAUCAAGAGAAUAUAGGAAAAUAAUAUUUAAGUAGAAAUCGAAAAGAAAAUUUAAGAAAAAUUGAGCUUUUCAUAAGCUAAACUUCUUUUUUUUUCACACAGAAAACGCAAAUACUGCACUGGCAUUUUUUUUGUGAGGAUCUUUUCAAUCACAAAUUUGUGUUGUGAAAAACUUUUUUUUUUCUUUGUUUGUUAAUUACAAUAAGUUCAAAUUUCUUUUCUCUUUCUUUCAUCACGAAGGAAGAUUUAAUUUUAUGAGGAUAUUUAAAUAUUUUCUUUCCUUUUCGUGUGAUUACAUUUUUUUUGAGAGGAUCGUAAAAUUGCGAAACUCAUUUCUACAAGUUUUUGAUGCUCUUUUCAUUAUUUUUAAUUUCAUUUACUUUUUUUUUGCGCAUCGUCAUUUUAGUUUUCGUUAUAAUCAACGUGCGUUCACUAUUUAAUUAUAAUUAUUUAUACAAUGAAUUAAUAAUUAUUUUAUUAUUUUAUUUCGUACAAAACUAGAAAUUCCUUAAGAACAAAUUUACAAAGUUUAAUUGGUUAAAAAGUAGAUUCCAUCAUUCCGAAAAGACGCUCACAAUAGAGCGAUGAUAUCUCGGACAGCAAAACACAUUUUUCCAGUUUUCUCCUCACAAAAACUUAUAACACUCAACAUUUUCCACCUUUUUCACAUUUCAGUUGAGGAACAAAGUUGAUUGAGAAAAUUAUGAAUGUACAAAAAUACAAAGUUUCAUUAAAUUUUAAAUCUCUAAGCUUUUACGAGACCAUUUUUGCCACCCUUCGUCUUCUUCUCAUCAUCACUUUUCGUUUUUCUUCUUUUAUUUUUCAUCUUAUCACAUGUUAUCAAACGUACUUUAACUUGUUAUUCGUAUUCGUUCUUCUCUUUUCUCCUACUAAGUUGUUCUUUGAACUCAAAUUAAUUUUUGCUAUUUAAUUGAAUUAUUUUUCUUCUUAUGAGAUUCGAGAUGAGAUCAAGUGAUGAUGAUUUCCAACUACACCACAUCAUAAAAAAGCUACGUAAAACUCACACACCUGAUAUUAAUCCCAGCAUCGUGUUAUGAAAAAUUAUUUUUUGUUUGUUCCUUUAAAGGCACAAUUUCAAAGAAGAAACUUUUCCACAAAUUGCUCUACGAAAUUCUUGUUUCCCUUAACAAAAACUCGAUUUCAACUAUCAUCACUUGAAUCUCGUAAUCUCAUUUUUAUCGCUUAUUAUUAUUGAAUGAAAAUGAAUACAAAUUUAAGGAAAUAUCAAAAGAAAAAAAAAUGUUUAAGUUUCAUAAAAGAAUUUUGGAAAAAAAAAGAAUUUUCUCAUCAGCUUGCUUUUCCGACUGCUAUUAAUAAUAAAUUGAACUUCCGCCUUCAGCUAUUGUUGUUGUUAAUCACAAAUUUAAAUGAAUCGAUUAACAUGCGGCGUCUUUCGUCUGUUGUGUGAAUGAUUCAUGACCAAAGUCGGUGAUGCUGAUGAUGAGAUGGAGAAAUCUAAACGUGCACGUUUUUGCUGAGGUUGUUGAGGUGAGAAGAGACUUGCAUCGUUAUCAUCGAUGUUUAAAAAAUCUUUAUCGCCAGAUAUUUCAAGUGACAAAGCUUCGCGGGCGGACUCUUCAAUGUC